UCCACCAGCACCUCACAAGCUCUCUGGUGUGUGCUGCUGGACAUGGCAGAAGGCUGUGUAGUGUCUCUAUUAUAUAUUCUGUGACAGUUCAUUAGCAAUUUUUUUAAAGGGCCUGCAGUAACACCUGGGUCCCAGCCUGCAGUAGCUUCCUAGCCUGACAUAAAUUCUCGUACCACCUGAGCACAGGAGAGACGUCUGUUCUCCACCAGGUUUGUUGUUGAAGGCUAAUGACGUGUGGAGGGACGCCAACGACAACCUUGAGAGCAACACAGACACCACCAACAGAAGAUACAUUGAUUGUGUCACAGAUGUCAACAGAAGUGUUAAUUGUCGCACAGUUAUCAACAGAAACGUUGAUUGUAUCACAAAUGUCACCAAAAACGUUGAUUUUGAUAUAGAAAAAAAGAGAAACGUUGAUUGUGGGACAUUUGCCAACAGAAACGUCGCUUGUAGCACAGAUGCUAACAAAAACGUUGAUUUUAAUAUAGAAGCAAACAGAAACUUUGAUUGUGGCUCAAACACCAACAGAAAAGUUUAUUGUAGUUUAAUCGCCAACAGUAAAGAUCGUAAUUGUAACAGUCGAAGUAGUAACUGGAGCAAAGACGCCAACAGUAACGUUGUUUUUAAAACCACUAAAGUCUACAACUGCAGUGGCGACAGCUACGUCAAAUGUGAGCCAGGAGAGAGCAUCUAUGAUAACUACGUCGUAAGUAACAGGAGGAGCAGUGUAGAGAGGAGCGGGGACGUCAGCCAGGCGGGUGAGUGUGGCAGGAGCUACAAAUGCAUUGCCCUCGUCAGUGGUAGUCCACCAGAAAGGAGACAGCAGGGCAGGGUCGACCACGAGAACUGGUGCGGCCACAACCAAAGCGCCAUGGCGGAGGCUCGCAGCGCUGUAGCCACACCCAGGGUCCAGAGGAAGGACUUGGGUACCACCGACUCCUUUGAAGAUCUUGUCAAAUCCUACCGGCAGAUGAUAAUCAGGAACUACUUCCGCUUCCGCAACUCGAUCCGUAACGGUGUGUGGCCAACGUCCACCAACAACCUGGGAGUGGCGUGUGCCUUCUCCGUCUACCUGUUGGAGUACGAGCCCGCCUCCGCCCAGUCCAUCACUGCCUACCUCAAGGAGGCCGUACAAGCGCUCCCAUUCCCAAAGAAAACUCCACGAUGGCUGGCCAAUAUACUGGGCUCAAUGGGCAUCUCUUUUAUAUUCUUUAUCACACUGAUGAAAGUGCGGCAGUAUCUCUUGAGGAUCCUCCUGGCUUAUAGGGGUUGGAUGUAUGAGAAUGUGAGGGAAGUGUCACUGAAGACCAAACUGUGGGGUCUGACAGUGAAAUUUGUGUCAGGGUACCAGCCUUCUCUGUACUCCUGCCAGCGUUCCCUCCCCCGGAUGCCAGUGCCUCCACUUGAUGAGACACUCAGUAAGUUGUUGGACAGCUUGAAGCCUUUGUGCUCAGAGGAAGAAUUUAAGGAAUAUGCUAAACAAGCAAAUGACUUUGAGAGCAGUAUUGGCCCUCGUUUACAACGUCUUCUUUACCUCAAGUCUUGGUGGGCACCAAAUUAUGUGUCUGAUUGGUGGGAGAAGUAUGUGUACCUGAUGUCUCGAUGUCCAUUGCUCAUCAAUUCAAACUACUAUGCCUUAGACCACUACAAAUGGACUCCAACUAAUAAACAGGUAUCAAGAGCAGCGAAUGUGGUCCAUUCCAUUCUGAACAUUAAGCGUCAGAUUGAUCGAGAAGAGCUUCCUCCUCUCCUGUUACGUAACACCAUCCCCAUCUGUAUGGCACAAUAUGAGCGACUCUUCUCCACUGUUCGAGUACCAGGUGAAGAAAUUGAUGAGUUACUUCAUUUUGACUCGGUUGAAUCCCGUCACAUUGUAGUGUGGCGUCAAGGGCUCUUCUACCAACAGAGCAUCUAUGAUGAAAAGAACCAGAUCCUGUCUGUAGCUUUACUGGAGAAACUAUUCCAAGAAAUAAUUGACGAUGCUGAUAAGCACAAGGAGAGUGUGAGUGAGAGCGAACGAAGUGUUGCAUCUCUGACGGGUCUUCCACGAACAGACUGGGCAAGAUUCCGGAAAGAAUACUUCACAUCAGGAAUCAAUAAAGACAACAUGGACCUCAUCGACAAGGCAGUGCUCUUGGUUAUAUUGUUUGAUAAAUGUCCAGAGAACAUUUCCAGUAAAGGCAAAGCACUUCUACAUUCUGAUGGUCGCACUUUAUGGAGUGACAAGAGUGUUAACAUAUGCUUCUUCCCUGAUGGACAGUGUGGCUUGAAUGUAGAACACUCCAUGGCUGAUGCCCCUGCCAUGGGUCAUGUAUGGGAGUACGCUAUGACCAUGGAAGUAAUUGAGAAAAGAUAUCUAGACAAUGGACAAGUGAUGCCUCCACCCAAGUUUUUCAAACAGAGCAACUAUUCCUAUCCACGUCGAAUCAUCUGGGACAUUACAGAUGCACUCGAGAAAGAAAUUAAUAAAGCAGUUGUUUUCAAUCAGAAGAAUAAUGAUGACCUUGACCUUGAGAUUGUGAAUCACAAUAAGUUUGGCAAAGGUAUAAUGAAGAAGGCACGGGUCAGCCCAGAUGCUUUUAUUCAGAUAGCACUUCAGCUUGCAUAUUAUCGCCAUAGUGGCAGAUUUUGUCAAACUUAUGAAGCAUCAGCAACACGGCUUUACCAAAAUGGACGGACAGAAACAGUAAGAUCCUGUACAGAGGACGCUGCAACAUUUGUCAGAGCAAUGGUGAAUGGGAAGCUCCCAAAAGAAGAACUGCUAAAAUUAUUGAGAGCAGCAGGUAAUCAUCACCAGAAACUCUACCGUGAUGCGAUGAAUGGCUUAGGAAUUGAUCGCCAUCUGUUUGCUCUUUAUAUUGUCUCGAAGGGACUUGGCUAUGAAAGUCAGUUUUUGGAAUCCAUCAUUCGCAGGCAGUGGACGCUGUCAACAUCCCAGCAACCUCAACAGCAGAUUCAAGCAAACAUUCCUGACAUUAACUUGGAACCUUUUCGAACAAUGUGUUCACCUGGUGGAGGCUUUGGUCCAGUGUCAGAUGAAGGCUAUGGAGUUUCCUACAUGCUUCCUACAGAAUAUAACAUUUUCUUCCAUGUAUCUUCCAAGAAAUCAUGUUCAACAACUGAUUCCAGGAAGUUUGCUGAUAUAUUAUUCAAAAGCAUGGAUGAUAUGCGUCUUUUAUUUGACAAUUCAACACUGGAAUCUUAAUAUAGGUUAA